AUGCAAGCGGGCGAACUCAAGCAGUUAAUUAACGUGUACGAAGACUACAGAUGGACGUGCAAGCUGGGAAUCACGUCAGGUUCAGCCUGCAAUGCCAAGAUAGAGAAAAGCCUGGUAGAAUGCGCUGGCGUCAUCGAUGUCUUGGUGCCAAAAGAUGUGUCAGUCUUUCAUCCGGCUGCGGAGGUCGCGGAGACGUGUCGGCACUUGAAAAGCUACGAAACCUGCUUGAUGCAGUCGAUUAAGGGUGUCUGUGGAGAUGGAAUUGUCUUUGCGCAGAACUCUGAAGUGCUAAAGUAUAUGAUACAAUACUACAACAAAUAUUCGUGGGCAUGUGUCAAGAUACCAGAAAGCAGCUGCACUGCUGAAAUUCUGACGGAUAAGCUGAAGGAAUGUAGAGGGUUCAUUGACUUCGUUGUCAAACCGAACGCGGCCUUAUCAUUUUCAAUGCAGGAUUCAUGCCAAGGCCUUCAGGACUACAAAACAUGCGUGUACACUGGCAUCAUGGAGUCGUGUGCUCCUAACGCGUCGCAAAUUGCGAAUAGUUCAGCAGUAGACCAGUAUCUCCACCAAGUGAUGAACAAACACGCCUCCGUGUGCCAUCCAGAGAGAGAGCCAGUUUCAGAAUGCAACGAGAAAAUGCUCACGGAAAAACUGAGGCGCUGCAAAGGAAUCAUUACCUGGCUUGUCCUGCCCAGCAUGGAAAAACCGGAAGAUGACGAGCAGCAGCAGAGCGCAUGCCUUGCCGUGGCCGAUUACCAGGCGUGCGUGGCGAAAUCGGCGCGCCAGUUAUGCCCUAACACCAACGUCUACAGUGAGGACACCAUGGACGAUCUCACGGGAGGCCUGUACACAAAGUAUAGCUCGACGUGCCGUCGCAGGAAAAAGAGCACCACGACGUUAGCGCCACGAAUUGAACCAACGACUGUGCACAUAAGGAAGCCACCGCAUUGCUCCGAAAAGUCUGCAACAAAAGCACUUAUGGAAUGCAUGGGAUUCAUACACGUUAAAGUCAUGCCAAACGCCGGCGCGCGGAAAGACCCAGAAAAGCUGAAAGUUGCCUGCAGGUCUAUGAAACACUACCAGCAAUGCGUUAAUGAAAAAAUUCGAAUGUGUGCCAAUAACAGCGAGGUAACUGAAUCUCUGCUGAUAAAGUACUACACCGACGAGUUGUACCGAAAGUACGAGUGGACUUGCGAACCUGCCACUCCUAAAGCCGUGUGUAACCCGUUUUUGGUUCUUGGGCCUCUGGAAAACUGCUCCAAGCAACUCAACACGGCAGUCCAUGGGUUAAAUCCCGAAGAAGUCAAUACGUGGAAGACAGGAGCAGCCUGCGGGGCUGUAUCCAUAUACCAGGACUGCGUGAAUUCGAAGCUGAGCAUGAAGUGCGGACAAAAAGUCCUGCCCCAGACGCCGCAUGUACUGCACUACGUUCGAGACUUGUACAACAAAUACAACUGGACAUGUCAUACUGGUCAGGCUGAUAACUGCGACGGCAACGAGGUGAUGGACUCCUUGACUGAAUGCCUCGGCUUCUUGAAUGUGUUGGUCCUCCCGUACAUAACCAACUCAAGCAAGAAUGCUUCACUCGAGAUGGCAUGCACGGGAUACCAGGAAUUCAAGUACUGCAUAUCGUCCGCCAUCAACGCAAAAUGCCCACGCAGCCCGUACGUUCUGCGGCUACCUCGGGUGCACUACUUCACUCAUGACCUCGUGCAGAACUACAAGUGGACGUGUGACGCGGUUCAUCAGAAAAAACGACAGGCAUGCCGAAGCGAUGAGCUUUUGGCACAGCUGGAAAAGUGUUAUGGCGACCAUGUAAAAACAAACGUGAUUCCCAAUGCCGACCCUGGUAGCGGGCUGGAAAAACUGCAGUAUGCCUGCAGUGCACUCAACGCAUAUCAAGAAUGUGUGAACGAGGAAAUAACGGGCAGCUGUGCUGGAAACCAAGGCCAGGUGCUCCUACUGGAUGCGGUGAAGAAUUACACCUACUCUGUGUACGAGCAAUACCAAUGGACUUGCGACAAUCACCCCGAUUGCAACAAAAACAGCCUCCUGAAUGAGCUCAUCAGUUGCAAAGGAAUAAUGACGACUAAAGUAAUACCAAAUGCGGCUAACAUAUCCGACGUAUCAAAACUUAGUGAAGCAUGUCGGGGCACUCUCCUUUACCAGGACUGUGUUCGUGAGAAAAUGAACGCUAAGUGCUCUGCGGAAUCGCCAGUGUUCCUUCUUCCUGAGGUGGCCUAUUUCUCAUUUGCGACGUACAACAAGUACAACUGGACUUGCUUCCGCAAACAAGAAGGACGAGUCAGCGAUACCACGAACAAGAUUGAAAUAGUGAAACAGUUAAAAGAAUGCUAUGGGUUUAUACUUUUCGGUGUCAAACGGCCUCUUAGGAACAACUUUAAAGACAAAGCGCUGCGUGAAGCCUGUCUGAGUGUGAAGGACUAUCAGAAAUGCGUACGAGCGAAGCUCGAUCACAUCGGUAAACAACAUAUGUCAUUGCCGGACAGUCAGGAUGUGAAAUACUACUCUUCCCGCCUGUAUAGCAAGUACAACUGGACGUGUGACAGCUUGAGCGCGGGGCUAAAGAGUUACCACUGCAACGUAGAUAGGCUCGAGACUGGGCUGAAGCAAUGUAAAAGUCUAGCGGACUACGCAGUAGCUCAGAAAAAGAGCAAAACAGAUCCGAACAACGUUUGCGAGUAA